AUGUGGAGAAUACUGCAAGUCAUUGUAUUGCUGGUGUACAGUUCGGUUUCCUAUGGAUCGCCAUUCAACCGUCAUGCUCCCCUUGCAGUCGUUUUCGACCACACUGGACAGCUAAGAGAAAGCUACGACUAUAUCAUCGCUGGUGGUGGCACAAGUGGUCUCGUAGUCGCCAAUCGACUGACCGAGAACCCGAGAAUCAGUGUCUUGGUGAUCGAACGUGGCUACCUCGAUGGCCAAGAAAAUGGAACUUCGGUUCCUGGUCUGUCUGUUCCAACCAAGUAUGUCAGGACAGACACCAGUGUCCCUCAGAAAGGCCUCAACAACCGCACUGCUCCACUCUACACCGGCGACGUGGUGGGUGGUGGGACAGUGGUCAAUGGCAUGUUCUUUGCUCGUGGAGCAGCCGCUGACUAUGAUGCUUGGGAGCAAUUGGGAAAUCCUGGAUGGGGUUGGGAUGGGCUGUUGCCUUACUUCAAAAAGAGCGAAACGUUCACACCACCGACUGCUGAGAUAGACGACAUGUUUCCUGGAGUCAUCUCGUUGGAUCUGGAGCCUCAUGGUCUUGAUGGGCCUGUAGGGUCCAGUUUUUCGAAUUGUCAGUAUCCAGUCAUCGAAAACUUCUAUGCAGGCUGGAAGAGCAUUGGCGUCGCUAUAAACCCUCAACCAAAUAAUGGAGAAGCUACUGGUGCCUUUUACAGCACAAUGUCCGCUUACGCAAAGAAUCAGUCCAGGGCACAUGCUUCAAACGCGUAUUAUCGUCCCAUCGCUGGUGCACGAAGGAACUUGCAUUUGAUCGCCGGACAUUCCGUUUCCAAGAUCAACUUCGGCGAGAAAAACAGAGCUGUUUCUGUGGAUUUCAUGUCGGGAACCACAAACGAGACCAGCACGGUGAAAGCAGAUUGCGAAGUCAUUCUGGCUGCAGGUGCUUUCCGUACUCCUCAAAUCUUACAGCUUUCUGGUGUUGGUCCUGAACCACUGCUAUCAAGCCUCGGGAUCAAGACUGUUGUUCAUUUGCCAGGGGUGGGUAGCAACUUUCAAGAUCAGCCUACUUUGUAUAUGCAGUUUCGCUAUGGUAACUAUACCUUCCCAACUCCGGACUGGAUAUUCUCGAAUGCGAGCUGGGCUGCAGAGCAACUUGAUAUCUACUACAAGAAUCGAACAGGCAUAAUGACGAUUCCAUAUCUGGGAGGCAGCACCGUAGCCUUCUUGCCUCUUCAGAACGUCACAUCCGACUACCAAUCUCUGAUCACCUCCACAUCAGUGAACCCCUCAUCCCUCUUCCCACCCUCAACUCACCCAUCCAUCAUCGCUGGCUACAUCGCUCAAACCGAACUCCUUCGAUCAAUUUACUUAUCCUCUCACACUGCCGUAGCAGAGAUAGCCUGGGAAGGCGGCGACACCGUCCCGCUCGCUAUGAUCCGUCCUUCCAGUCGCGGCUCCAUAAACAUCAACACCACAAACCCCACUUCCCCUCCCGUCAUCGACUUUAACACCUUCUCCCACCCAAUCGACAUCGCCAUCGCCAUUGCCUCGGUCAAGAAGAUCCGCGAGUGGGCUUCCUCGCCACCCAUGCGAGCUUUAGGAACCAUCGAGACUUUUCCUGGUGCAAAUGUCUCCAGUGUUGCGCAGAUUGAGCAAGCAAUUAGGAAUGCAGCAACCAGCUCGUGGCAGCAUCCUACGUCGACGACGGCGAUGAUGAAGAGAGAGUGGGGCGGUGUUGUGGAUGCCGAGUUGAGGGUUUAUGGUACCCAAGGGUUGAGGGUGGUGGAUGCUGGUGUGUUUCCCAUGUCGGUGGCUGGGCAUAGCAGUAGUAGUGUUUAUGCUGUUGCUGAGAAGGCGGCUGAUAUUAUCAAAGCGGCUUGGAUUUAA